AUGUUUGGUUGGUUCAAGGAAAUUGCAGCUAUUAAUGAAAUCACCCUAGAAAUGAGAGACAUCAAAACUGCAAUUGUUGCAGAAGACGGUCUGCCGUCUGCGCCGGCAGAGAGUGCAGAGUGUCCUGAUGUAUUGAAGACACAAGAGAGUGCAGCCUGUUCAAAUGUGUUAAAGACACAUGAGGAUGCAGCCUGUUCAGAUGAGUUGAGGACACCAGCGAGUGCAACCUUUCCAGAUCUCGAUAAGACAGAAGCAUUGCCGGAAUGUCAACCUUUGACCUCUCGCUCUCUUCCUCCUUUGCUGCAGACAUUAUGCAGUUCGUCACAAAAGGAGAGUGCAGAGUGUCCUGAUGUAUUGAAGACACAAGAGAGUGCAGCCUGUUCAAAUGUGUUAAAGACACAUGAGGAUGCAGCCUGUUCAGAUGUGUUGAGGACACCAGCGAGUGCAACCUUUCCAGAUCUCGAUAAGACAGAAGCAUUGCCGGAAUGUCAACCUUUGACCUCUCGCUCUCUUCCUCCUUUGCUGCAGACAUUAUGCAGUUCGUCACAAAAGGAGAGUGCAGAGUGUCCUGAUGUAUUGAAGACACAAGAGAGUGCAGCCUGUUCAAAUGUGUUAAAGACACAUGAGGAUGCAGCCUGUUCAGAUGUGUUGAGGACACCAGCGAGUGCAACCUUUCCAGAUCUCGAUAAGACAGAAGCAUUGCCGGAAUGUCAACCUGUGACCUCUCGUUCUCUUCCUCCUUUGCUGCAGACAUUAUGCACUUCGUCACAAAAGGACGGAACGUCGGACAAGAACGCUGCUGGGGAUGGAUUUUACCAAGGACAUGUAACUGGAUCGACUUCUUCUGCCCACCUGCUUGAGGCCCAUAGUGAAUUACAGCAAAUGCUACACCGAAGAACACAGGAGAGGGAUGCCCUUCUUAGGGAGUGCAAGAAAUUGAAAACAGAAAACAAGUCAUUAAAGAAGCAAGUCCCAGCUUCAUACGAAAGGGCCCAUGUGGUGACCGGGACAUUUUUGUGUUCGCCGAUGCCCCUCACCUAA